UCUUCAGGUCUGCUUCUCUAUCCAGCAACAACCUGCUCUGAAAUCUCUUGGAUUACAAAAGAGGAGCAAAGAGGAGGAGAAGAGUAUUUCCCCAGGUUCAGCAAAGCUCAACGCUCAAAGGUCCAGCAAGGCUCCAAGCCAUCCUUUGGCAAAAAACCUUUCCCAGAAUCUCCUAGGAGUUGUUGUUCGGUGUCACUAUGGCCAGUGGAGGUCUGCAGAUGCUGGGUUUCAUCCUGGCAUUCAUCGGCUGGAUUGCCGUCGUGGUCAGCACAGCCAUGCCCCAGUGGAAGAUCUCCUCCUAUGCUGGGGACAACAUCGUCACAGCCCAGGCCAUCUAUGAGGGGCUCUGGAUGUCCUGCGUCAUGCAGAGCACGGGGCAGAUGCAAUGCAAAGUCUAUGACUCCCUCCUCAAGUUGCCAGGCAGCUUGCAGGCAACACGUGCCUUGAUGGUGGCCAGCAUCCUUCUGGGCCUCAUUGCCUCUUUCAUUGCCAUGAUUGGAAUGAAAUGCAUGAAGUGCAUGGAGGAUGAUGAAGUGAAGAAGAUGCGGAUGGCUCUCCUUGGAGGCAUCAUCUUCCUUGUCUCAGGAUUUGCUGCCUUGGUAGCCACAUCUUGGUAUGGGCAUCAAGUUGCUCAGGACUUCUUCAACCCAUACACCCCUGUCAACACCAGGUUUGAAUUUGGACAAGCUCUCUUCAUCGGUUGGGCAGCUGCUUCCCUGGUUAUCUUGGGUGGGGCCUUCCUUUGCUGCUCAUGUCCCCGAAGAGAAACCUCCUACCCCCCAACUCGGCCCUACCCCAAGAGCGCCCCCUCUGCUGGGAAGGAUUACGUAUAAUGCAGAAAUAAUGCUGGAGAACCUUCCUUGGCCUUGGAGAAUACAAAGGGACACUGUUUAACCACUGUUUUCCCAAGAGCAAAGCCUCGGGCUUUGACACACUGCCUUAUCCUCUGUAAAACCAACAUGUAUCUGUACAUAGAUAUAUAUGCAUAACCCUUUCUAUUCUUGGAUGGGCAGUAUUUCCCUGCCCUCUAAUCUGAUGGAAAAUCCCAGACCCAAAUUGUAGAUAUUUACAGCAAAAUGGCAAGAAAUCACCAUACUUGAUGGGAAUGUAUUUCUCUUCCUUUGGAGCAGAAAGGAUACACCCUCCAAAAUUAGUUUUCUAUGUUUUUUUAAAAAAAAAUCUUAGUGGUUCUUAUUGUAUUUUGGCAACUGUGUGUGUGUGUGUGUGUGUGUGUGUGUGUGUGUGUGUGAUCUGCUCCACUCCUGUCCAUGUCAUCUGAGCCCUUUCCAUAUAUUUCUAUAUCAAGGCAACAGAAGAUACUCAUGUAGAACACAGGAGGCCAAAUGUUCAAAAAUCAUGGAGAGUGGUCUGACUGAUGAAAUCUUUUUGAAUGUGAGGAUAUGCUAGAGUUUCAGAUUGUUCCACUCCUCACUCUUUUGGGCGUAGAAAUCAGGAAUAAUUGAGAAUGGUGAUUAUGCAACGUCACCUCAUUGGCAAAUUGCAGCAUUGCACAACCAAAUGCGCAAUGUGCAGCUCUGCUUCCAUAGCCUUCAACUGAAUAUGGGGGUUGCACUGUGGCCGUAGGGGAAUUUACACAUGUGUAAGACAACAGCAGGAUUCUGGCCUAAGGCUAGGGCAUUCUGGGAGCUGUAGCCCAAAAAGUAAUGUUCCCAGGCUCUGGUCUCAGUCCCCAAAUGGGCAAAGGGAGCUUAAACUGAGACUCCAUUUGUAGAAUCAAACAGGACGGGGAAACUAUGGUUGUAUGGCUGCACCUUCAUUGCAGAAAUAAUGCAGUUUGACAUCAGCUUGACGGCCAUGAUACAAUGCUAUGGAAUUCUGGGAUUUGUAAGAUGCUUAGCCUUUAGAGAGCUCUGGUGCCACCACAAAACACAAACACAUUAUCACAAACACAGUUAAUGUGGUGUCAAACUGCAUUCAUUCUGCAGUGUGACAGCAGCCUAUGUUGUUUGCCACACACUGCAGCUCAAAACGCUCUUUGCACAGCAUGCAAAUGGCUCUGUAAAAAUCACAAAGAGCAACAUCAUUAUGUGCAUAGGAUUAUCUUUAUUUGCACUGUCAUUGAGGUUUGGAAAGAUGAUGAUUUUUAAAAACCCUCUGUGUGCCAAAAUGGAGGCUAGCAACUUCAGUUCCGCAAGGUCUGUGCCCCAUAUGACCCAGUUGUCUAAGAAGCGCCUUAGCUCACCUUGGACUUAGGGGCAGCUGCCUGUCCAUACACUCUGCCCCUGCCCUGACAGACAAGAUGGAAGGAUUUAAUGGACUGGGAAGGCCCUCCUGACUGUAUUCCUGUCUCUAGGCUCCUGGAAACUAAGGUUGCAUCCGCAUUGCACAAUUAAUGCAGUUUGACACCGCUUUAACUGCCAUGCUGUGGAUUUCUGGGAUUCAUGGUUUUCUGAGAUACUUGGCCUUCCCUGGAAGAGAGCACUGCCCCUCCCCCCCAAAAACCCCCUACUAAUCCAAGGAUUCAAUAGGAUGGCACCAUGACAGUUAAAGUGGUGCCAAAUUGCAUUGUGUCAUCAGCCUCAGCUGUCACCAAACAAGCCACAAAGAGUCCAUUCAGUCAUGGACAUCUCCACUUUGGUACAUUGGGUGGCUGGGAUCCAUGCCAAUGGGACUUUCUCCUGAGUAGAUAUACUCAGGAUCAGGCUGUAUGUCACUUCUCUUUGAGGGCAAAUUCUCUGUUGUGAAUCACUUGCAAUUUGGCCCAAAUGUACACCUGGUCAUCUGUAAUAAUUAAUUAAACCUUAAUUGGCCCACAAAGGAGAGGGAGGGAUGACUUUUCUAUGAGGAAAACCUGUAUAAAGUGUUAACAGUUUUCAAUAAAU